AUGGCAGAUAGUAUUUCACUUUCGCGCAACACACUAAUGAGGCGAGUAGAAGAAAUUUCAACAGACAUUAUCAGUAAAAUUACAGAGUUUGUCACUAAAUGCAGAUAUUUUUCACUUGCAUUGGACGAAACCUGCGAUUUAACAGGUAUGGCGCAGUUAGCUGUUUUUGUACACUGUAUUGAUGACAAUAUAUUUCAAGAUUUAUUGGACCUCUGUCAACUUGAAACUACUACCACAGGAAAGGAUAUAUUCAUAAGACUCAAAGAUUGCCUUGAGGGUAAGAACCUAAACUGGGAUAAAUGCAAUUCAGUUUGCACUGAUGGAGCACCUGCGAUGAUGGGGAAAACCAAUGGUGCUGUGGCUUUGCUGCAAAAUCACAUCGGUCGACAAUAG